AUGGUUUACCUCUGCUAUACUUGCAACCAGUCGUUCUACGAUGAGGAUGAUCUUAAAGAGCAUCUGGAUGACUACUACGGCCAUGAGGCUGCGCACGAAUAUGCGAUGUACGGUUGUGAUACUUGCCUCGCAAUCUUCACCAGCGAUGCUGCUCGCUGGCAGCAUAUGAACGCCAAAGGUCAUGUUGGCCAUGAGUGCCGUGUCUGCGACAACCAGUAUCGCAGCGAGCAGGGUCUUAUUGAGCACGAGGUUGAGGAUCACAACUAUUGCGCCGAUUGCGACAAGUCUUUUCAAAACACCAACAACAUCAAACAGCACCUCAACUCCCGCACCCACCGCGGCCAAAACAUCGACUGUCCCUACUGCCGCAAUCUCUUUACUACCGUAGCCGGCCUGACUACCCACCUGGAGACGAACAGCUGCCGCAGCGCUCCGUCUCUGAACCGUGACACAAUCUUUGAAAUCGUCCGCCAGAGGGACCCGCGUGGCUUCAUCUGCAAGAAUCUCAUUAGCUGGCACGGCGGCGAAUCGAAGCCGGACCGCUGGACAUGCACAGACAGCGCCUGGAACGGCUUCGCCUGGGCGUGUGGCUUAUGCUCUAGAGUGUGUAGGACUAGAGCGGAUUUGAAUAAGCAUUUGAAUUCGCCGGCUCACUACGCCGUCCUUUACCACCGUCCGAACCGCAACUGCCCCUCCGAGUUCAAGACGUUGGCUUCUAUUAUCAGCCACUUGGAGAGCGAGUCGUGCAGCUUCAUGCCGUUCGACAGGGUUCAGAAGCGCAUGCAGCAGGUGUUCACCAGCAGUCAUAUGCUUGAGUUUUGA